GAGCGCUAGUUUCUAGUACUUUCGACCGCGCCUGUGUGGUGUCUUCUGCGUUCGCGACAGGACGUCGGAAGUGGAGCUUCUGAGUUUGAGCUUCUAGAGUAGGUUGGAGAAGCCUCUUUUCGUCCUAAACUUCGACAGGGAAGCGUUCGUUGUGACCAUCUAUCCGUCUUGAGUGGGGCAUCGACGGCCUGUGCAACAACUUGAGUUUUCGGGAAGUGUUCCUUCUCGGAGAAGUGGUUAAAGCCGCAGGCAGAGAUGUCUAACUAUGUGAACGACAUGUGGCCGGGCUCGCCGCAGGACAAGGAGUCCCCCCCCACGGGCCCUUCCAGCCGCCGGUCGUCCUCGCGGUCCAGUAGUCGCUCCUCUUCGAGAAGCGCUCGGUCCGGCGUUAGCGUCUCGAGUCGGUCGUCGUCUCGCAGUCGAAGCCUGCUCCGGAGAAGGGGCAGGUCACGGUCUCGCUCCCGGAGGCACCACCAGCGGAAUUGCAGGCGCUACUCGCGGUCGUAUUCGCGGAGCCGUUCGCGGUCCCGCAGCCGCCGGUACCGAGAACGGCGCUACGUGUCUUCUAGGAGGCAUUACCGCCCUCCUUCGCGCCACCGAUCCCGCAGCAGGUCCCGCUCUCGGGGGAGGUCCUACUAUAGAAAGACCGGUGAUCUCGCGCGGGGCCGACGGUACUAUGGCUUUGGCCGCACCGUGUACCCGGGAGAACACAGAAGUUGGAGGGAGAGAUCCAGGACGAGGUCGCGGAGCAGAACCCCCUUUCGCUUAACUGAGAAAGAUCGAGUGGAGCUGUUAGAAAUCGCAAAAGCCAAUGCAGCGAAAGCUUUAGGAACAGCCAACCUUGACUUGCCACCUAGUCUGAGAACUGUGCCUGUAGCUAAAGAGGCAAACCGUGGAACAGCUGUGAAGUUCGAGAAAUCUUGAAUGUGGUCUCCAGACAUUGAUGAAGAAAAUCUGUUGGUAAUUGGUACAUGGGCUAAAGCAUCAGGUUUAAAUAACUUUAAAUAUGUUCACACAUGAAAGCUUAGCUUUUGGUUAGUUAGAUGAUGUGCAUGCUAGAAUUUGGGUCAGGCACUAAAAGCUUUAAAACUAAUGGACAGUACACUUUGUAACGAUGGCGCAUCUGUGUUAUAGAUGUCCCUUUCAUAAUAUAUGCAAUAUAUUCCAGAUGUUUUGAAAGAUUACUGAAGAAGAGACCCGCUUCACUUGCAGAUAAGUUUGUUGUAAUUCUCCAGAAAUGGGCAGGAUAUGCACUGGCAAAUGACACUUUCUUUAUGUGAAAUCUAAAGCAUAAAAUUCAUAAUUUCAGAGGUUUAAGGGAGUUAUCAGUUGAUGUUCAUAUUUGUUUCUGAUUUAUGUUGAACUUAGGGACUGCUUAGUUUUUUUUUGUAUUGAAUACAUCCUUUAACUCUCAAGUGUCUGAAUAAAAAAACGUGGAAGAAUCAGUUAACGUUGAACACAGAUGAUGUGUUCUAGAUGUGCUAUCUAGAUGAGUCUACAGUUGGGACCGCGAUGUGGGUUUGUUAUUAGUAGACAAAUAGGGUCUUAGUUGAAUUGCUUAUUCAGGUGGUUAGGUGCCUAAACAGACAAGUGUCAUAGUUAAUUGAAGAAAUAAAUUAGAAACUAGGUGUUUUCUGGUAUGACUUUACUCUUAAAAGUUAUUUGAAUUUGGAGUAGGGGGAUAAAAUUAUCUGUAUUAUGGCAAAUGAUGCCUUAAUCAAGGUUUUCAUUAAAGAAAUUUUGAGGGAAAACCUCAACAGUAGUCUGUUGUUUAGGCUGAUAAUUAUAUGGUUAAAGCCAGCUUGACUUGUGUAAGCACCUGAAUUUGUAUACUACUUGUUACACAGCACUCAAACCAAGGGCAUGCUUUUAAAAAAUAUACUCUCUUACCUGUCUAGCUAUCGGAAAAGCUAACCAAAGAUGGAACUAAAAGUCCCAGUGAAAAAUCUUUCCAGCAAAGAAGCAUAGCUUUUAGCUCUAAUUUAGUAAGUACUAUCAACAACAACAACAACAAUCUA